AUGGCCAUCGUCAAUCGUUCUAACAGCGUGCUGGCACGGGCAGGCCAUGCGCACCUCCUACACAAGCGAGAAGUCCCCGCUUCCAGCGCAGUUGCCUCGCCCACACUCGUUUCGGAAGGUGUCGAAGCAUCCCCGUCGCCCUCUGUCGCGGCUCACCACAGUGGUCCGACGAGCAAGGAGAAGGCGAUCGCUGCUUCAAUGGUGAUCGUCGGAAUCCUCAUUAUUGGUAUUGUUAUAUGGCAGAUAGGCAGAUGGCGCCGCAGAAAGGCGCGAGCAGCCGCCUCCAGCAAGUUCAACAUCGCCUUCAACACGAAUUCCAUGUCGGACAAGCCCAUCCCCCUCGACUUCGACAUGGAUGGUCGUGAGCUCGAGAAGCCGAGCACGGCGAAUAUCCUUCUCCCUAUGACACCCGCGGCCAGCGUCAAACCCUCGCUCACGGGCAAGCCGUGGACGCACACCAUCCCUGCUUCCGGCGACUUCCCAUCCGACAAGCCGCCGUCUUACGCCGCCGUCAACGGCGCUCUCAACCAGAGCUACCGUGUCCCGCCGCCGGCGCUCGAGAUUCCCCAGCGGCCCAAGUCAAGCGCAGUGGUCGUGCCAAGUCCACGCUCGUCCUCCUUCGGCGUCGACUCGCCACUCUUCCUAAAAGCUCAGCUCACCGCAGCGCUCAAAACGUCCCGGCUCGCGACGGCCAACAAGCCGCUGCCACGCGCGAUGUUUGUCGAGAGCACGUUCAAGCCGUCGCUCUCCGACGAGCUGCUCGUCAAACCCGGCGAGACGGUGCGCAUGCUUGAAGAGUACGAGGAUGAGUGGUGCCUCGUCCAGCGUGGGAGCCCCGAGGACGGCCAGAAGGGCGUGGUGCCGCGCUUUUGCCUGCGGGAGCUGCCUUGA